CUUCAUUCUGAUUGGCUGAUGGAGCUGUCCAUCAUUUGUGGGCGGAGUCAGGGCUAUCCAGCGCGUGGUUGUGUGUGUGUGUGUUCGGGCUCGUGCUCUGUGUUUAAUCCUGCUAAGAGAAAUGAGAGAAAGUUCACACGCUUUGAGGAGAUACUGCUGAACUCUGGAGAGGUGUUCUGAGGUGGAGAUGAUGUUCUCAGGAGAAUAAACACGAGAUUUAUGAGAUUAAACUCAUACCGGAGCUGUGUUAGGUUUCGCCGUUUUCUUUCCGCUUGCUCCUGGAUUGCGUGCUCCUCCCUCAGAGUGACCUUUGUCUCCUGUCGGUCCGAGUGAAUUCGGUUCCCGGGGUCGGGGUUCGCCGAUUAAUCCGCGUCUCUAACAGGAAGUGAUUCCGAGAACAGCUGCUACUAAACAACACGUCGUUGUGAUGGAACCCGGAGACUCAUGAACUUAACCAUGAAUUCGACAGAGUCGGAUUGCUAGCUGACCAAAAGAUGAUGAAGACGACGGUUGUGCAGAUUGUGAAGCUCUAGCUGUGUAAUGAUUACUAGAACUGGUCAGGGAUGGGGAACUCGGAGAGCCAGUACAGCAUUCAGGGGUCUCGGAGCAGUAGCUUCACGCUCCCUAACAGACAGAAGUCCUAUUCAGUGAAGCUCCGUUCUUCCAAAGAAGGCUCACGAGGUUCCGGGUACAAAUCCAGAACGGUAUCGCGCGGCUGUUUGUCUCAGCACAAGGCGUCCGGUCAGUCGUCCAUGUCGAGGCACCAUGACUACGUCGCCAAAGGAAGAGAAGCGAAGAGAAGGAUCAGCGCUCAGUGGAGCGGUUCUCCGAGAGAACGGGCGACGUCUGAGGACGGACGGGUUUGUAACGGUCACGCCGUGAACGGAUACAAGACACCCGAGAGGAAGGUCGAACCGGAGGUACUGGAAGAUCAGAGCAGCCCGAGAGUCAUGAUCAAGAGUGACGGAAGCGUCCGGGUCGAGUUUAGCCAGAUGUCUAAAAACUCCACGCUUCCUGGUGAGAACGGAGGUCCCGUCCAGCUGCUGAAGUUCUCCCCAACGUCUCACUCCAUGCCCGCUCCGGAUCGAGACGCCGGUCCGGCGGCGGACGGCUCCAUCACCAGGAUGAGCAAACGAGGCUCGCUGAGCUCAGAAGGCAGCUGGUACGACUCGCCCUGGGUGCCCGGUGCCGAGCCGAACGGCGUCGGCGUCGGCGCCUCGCCCAACAGGAUAUCAGAGACGCUUCCCUCCGUGCGCAUCGAGUACUGCGACGACCAGCUACCUCCUCUCCAUCUUUACCGGGACCCCGGCACGGCCGCCUCCUUUCCCGCCGCCAGACAUCUGACGCUUGCAAAUGAGCUCUCGUUCAAACACAGGUCCUCGUUUGUGUGCGUGAUGGAAGAACCUGUUCUCGACGAGUCCCCGGGGGCGAGGCAGUACUCUUCCUUCACUUUACCGUGUCCCAAACCCAAACCCAUCGCGGAGAACACCGGAACGAAGGAAACGGUCCGGAACAGGAUGAGGAGGCUCAGCGAUUGGACCGGGAGUUUGACCAGAAGGAAGAAGAAGUCGAAGGAGCCGCGAUAUAAAGAGCCUGUCGAUUGUUUCGACAGCGGAAUAGACGGUCUGACGGCCGACACCAGCUCGCCGUCUCAGGUGUCCAGUCUGCUGGGGUACCCCAAGGUUCCGUCCCGGGGCCGCUCCCAAUCCCAGGUGCUGCCCUCCUGCGGCGGAUCUUUCGGCGCCCUCCAUCCGGGUACGGACGCUUUGCGGCAAAACAUCUACGACAACUUCAUGAGGGAGCUGGAGACGAGCCACACGGCGGCAGGGAGCGGCGAGGAAAGAGGCGAGAACUCUGCGGAGGACACGGAGAGUAGCAGUCAGGAGACGGUGGGCUCGCUGGAGCAGCUGGAUCUGCUGUGUGAGAAGGAGCAGGGUGUGGUCAGGAGAGCUGGCUGGUUGACCUUCAAGCCUCUGCUCACGCUGCACAAAGACCGCAAGCUGGAACUGGUGGCCAGACGCAAGUGGAAGCAGUACUGGGUGACUCUUAAAGGCUGCACUCUCCUGUUUUACGAGACGUAUGGGAAAGGUUCUCCGGAGCAGGAGACUUUACCGAGUUACGCUCUGCUGGCCGAGGACGGAAUAGUCCAGGCCGUCCCCGAACACCCGAAGAAGGAGAACGUGUUCUGCCUCAGCAAUGCCUACGGAGACGUCUACCUCUUUCAGGCCACCAGCCAAACGGAUCUGGAGAACUGGGUUACCGCGAUCCACUCGGCCAGCGCGUCUCUGGUCGCCAAGCGCCAUGGUAAGGAGGACACGCUGCUCCUGCUCCAAGGGCAGAUCCGCAGUCUGCUGCAGAAGAUCGACAUGGACGGAAAGAUGAAGAAGAUGGCGGAGCUCCAGCUGUCUAUUGUAACCGAUCCAAAGAACAGGAAGGCCAUCGAGAACCAGAUCCAGCAGUGGGAUCAGAACCUGGAGAGGUUCAACAUCGAUUUGUUCCGUAUGCGCUGCUACCUGGCCAGCCUGCAGGGAGGAGAGCUGCCCAACCCCAAGAGCCUCCUGGCCACCGCAAGCCGUCCCUCGAAAGCUGCUCUCGGCCGCCUGGGGAUCUUCUCCGUCUCCUCUUUCCACGCACUGAUCUGCUCCAGAGACGAGGCCACGCUGAGGAAGCGUUCUCUGUCCCUGUCCCAGAGAAGCCGCAGUAGGAGAGGAGUGUUCUCCUCGCUCAAAGGCCUGGACAGUUUGACCAAACGCAGCCGAGAGAAGAGACCCUGCGCCUCCCAGGAUUGCAUUUCCAUGAGCUACUGCUCUCACACUGGUGCUUGUGAGGUGUUUGACAGCGCUGCAGGAGAACACUUGGGCUCAGUUCCUCCGUACAGCAGAGAGAGACUGGACGCUCUGGCUGACGGUUACUCGCUGGCUCCACCCGAUGGCAGUCAGUGGGACGGAGGAGGCGUGGCGGAGAAGCCGGUGUGGGUUUACAUGCCCGACUAUCAGGCGGUCACGGUGGCUCUGAGCGAACAGCACACGGUCACGGAGCUCCUGAACACGGCCUGCAAGGCGCGGAACCUGGACCCCAGCGUACACUGCCUGCGUCUGCGCAGAUGCUUGGACGAUCAGACGGAGAUCUGGACUCCAGCACCACACGAGCUCCUUCAGGACUUGUUAUAUGAUGAGUUGGAGGUCAGCGCUCUCAGUGUGUACACUCUCCACAUGACCAAGCACACCUGCACGGGGGAUUUUGGGUUUGCCGUUACAGGACAUGUGGACGGUCUCAGCCACAGCCGCAUCUUCGUCACUGAAGUUCUCUCCGAUGGAAUCGCCUUCGGUGAAGGUCUGAGGCCGGGCGAUGAGAUCCUGGUUCUGAACGGCUGUCAGGUGUCGUCUCUGGACCUUUCUCUCAUUCAGACCCUGUUCAGUGAGAACACGCUGCACCUGACCGUCAGACGAGAGCCGACCGCCCUAACACACACACCCCUAACACACACACGCAGCGGCCUGCGGCCAGCGAGGGACUUCCUGUACCGCCAUCAUAGAGCCAAGUCUGCUACAGACGUGUCGUGUGUGUCCGAGGCCUCGGGUAACGCCGACGUAGAGACGAGGCGACAUCAUCGCCAGAGCCUCCGAGCCGCGCAGCACAGCAAGAGCGUGGAGACUGUGUGCACGCUGUAUAACUCCUUCCAAGACGCUUCAGGUGGACUGAUGGAGGUCCGGAAGGAGACGGCGGGGGCGGACGGCGCCCUGACCAGACCCUGUCCACGACACAUGUCCGUCACCGAGAGACUGCGCAAAGUCAUCCAGGAGUUAGUGGACACGGAGAAAUCCUACGUCAAGGAUCUGAGCUGCUUGUUCGAGAUCUACCUGACGCCCCUGCAGAAGGAGACGUUUCUCACGCUGGACGAGAUGGAGAGUUUGUUUGGGAGUCUGCCGGAGAUGCUGGACUUCCAGAAGGUGUUCCUGCAAACCCUGGAGGAGAGAAUCUCCUCGACUCCGGACUUCAGCACACUCGAGACCCCUGUGCAAUUCAAGAAGCUGCUGUUUUCUCUCGGCGGAUCGUUCCUCUACUACGCCGAUCACUUCAAACUCUACAGCGGCUUCUGUGCCAACCACAUCAAGGUCCAGAAGGUUCUGGAAAGAGCUAAGACGGAUCGAGCCUUUAAGGAGUUCCUGGACGCGAGGAAUCCCACCAAGCAGCACUCGUCUACUCUCGAGUCCUAUCUGAUUAAACCGGUGCAGAGAGUGCUGAAGUACCCUCUACUGCUGCGAGAGCUGGUGUCUCUCACCGACACGGACAGCGAGGAGCACUAUCACCUCACAGAGGCCUUGAAGGCGAUGGAGAAGGUGGCCAGCCAUAUAAACGAGAUGCAGAAGAUCUACGAGGAUUACGGCACCGUGUUUGACCAGCUGGUGGUGGAACAAAGCGGUUCGGAAAAAGAGGUCACAGAGAUUUCCAUGGGAGAGUUUCUCAUGCAUUCCUCAGUGAUGUGGCUGAACCCGCUCCCGUCUCUGGGCCGCAUGAAGAAGGAGCCGGAGUUGACCGUAUUUGUGUUUAAGAAAGCCGUGAUCCUCGUCUGCAGAGAGAGCAACAAGCUCAAGAAGAAAAUGAACGUCCCACGCUCCGCCCACUCUCACGGAGAGCAGGACCCGUUUAAGUUCCGCUGGCUCGUUCCUCGCUCCGCGCUGCAGGUCAGACUGGGCAACACGGCAGAAAGCAGCUGCGUCUGGGAGCUUAUCCACACCAAAUCCGAGCUGGAGGGCCGACCCGAGACGGUGUUCCAGCUGUGCAGCAGCACGCCUGAGAGCAAAGUGAACACGGUCAAGGUGAUCCGAGCCGUUCUGAGGGAAAACGCGCGCAAAGGGAUGCGAGGAACCGAGCGGCCGGCCGAGAGAACCUCCAAAGAACAUCUCGUUCCUCUGAGGGGAAAUUUACCUUCGUCGGCUAAACUCGGUUCCUCUCGAGCAUCCUGGAUGUGCCAGAAGCCCAUCAGCGACGCACUGAAGCUUGUGCAUUUAGACACAGAUUCAGCAAGUGAGAGCAGCGGAGACCCGCCCCCUGCCCCACCCACUAACUCCACCCUCAGACACGGCAGCGUGAGGGAGUCGGACAUUCUUGGCGACAAUGACGAUGGCUUCAGCGAGCGCUUGGCUCGCCGUGACUCCACCCCCGGGUCGAUAGAGGCUCGGUUCCACGAGCUGUGCCUGAGCGACGGGGCCCGCGAGGAACCCGAAGGCCGUGAAGUGAACUCUCCCGAGACGCAGCCCCAGCUGCGACGGGCUCACUUCAGCGCUGUGAGGCGGCGGUCAGCGAGAAGCGAGCCGCGACGCAGCCCGGCGGCGCUGCUGAAUCUGAGGCAGCACAGCCACUCUCUGGACAACCCGUCCGACUCCGCGGUGGUCAGCGUCGACCUGAACGCGCUGCUCGAGAGGGACUUCAGCGUCCAGAGUCUCACGUCCGUCAUUAACGAGGACUGUUUCUAUGAAAACGGCACCACGGCUACGACCUCAUAGCGACCAAUCCGUACACUGGAGAAGGAAACUCGAAUCUGUGUUGAACGUUUAGUGAGUGAUUUUGGAUGAACUGGGCGGGGCACAUUAAAAUCACUUACUGCACCUUUAAUAGCCGGAGCAACUCACAUCACUGAACCUGUGCUUAACUUCAGGAACAACCAUCCAGAUGUUGCAUCUGUUUAUUUAGUGCCUUAUUUUUUUUCGCUGUGCUUUUAUUUGUACACGCUCGGGUCUUAGUCAUCUUAUUUAUUGAUAACUGUAUAUUCCUUUUGAACAGAAAGCCAAACUACAGGUUAAGAUUAGAUUUUCUUUUCUUCACCCCUUUGAAGUUUGCACGAGGUGUGUGUGUGUGUGUUACAGAAACAGCCUUAAAUCAAUAAGGGGUCCAUGUGUGACGUACAGAACAGUCGAGCAGCCAAUACAAUCAGCGCUGAGUGAGUUGCCAGGUAUUCUAACACAAAACAGAACCACACCAAAUAUGUAUAGUAUUUUUUAUGACUAAUUUAAUUUGAGUGCGGCGUUUCAACGAUUUGAAGUGCCGCACGCGGUAAACUGCUGUCUGUGCUUUGUACAGCCGUGCUGCAAAGAGGUUUUUAAAGGAACGACGAAUAAAAAUGUCUUUUGGUA